AUGCCGAACGGACUUGCAGCGCUCUCGAAGCUUCCCGUGCUUGGUGGCGCGCAAAUCAUCGCCUUCGCUGGGCUGAUUGAGACCACAGGAUUCUUCCAGGCGGCUUCUACCACUGAUGGCCGUGGUCCUCGGGAGGGUCAGUUCUCUAUGAAGGACUCCACCGAGACCGGCGAGCCCGGCAACUAUGGCGUCGGCUUCCCCAAUUUCGUUGGCAAAGUGGAGGAUCCCGAGGAGCGAAAAAAGAAGCUUGCAGCGGAGCUGGCCAAUGGACGUCUGGCGAUGAUGGCAAUCAUCGGCAUGUUCUUCCAGGAUGGCCUCACAGGCUCCGCAUGGGGAGACUGGAGCUUGUAUACAGCCUCGCCAUUGAGGGCUGAGCCCGUGUCUGCGGCUGCGGCAGCCGCUGCUGCGAAGGCUGCCGCCGCCGCCAAGGGCGCCACUGCGACCACUUCUGCUGUGGCCGGCACCGCCGGCGCAGGCUCCUUGUCGAAAGGUGACGGCGUGGCCGGCAAGAAGGGCCCCAGCCCUACUUUCGACCCAUCCACACAAAUCGGGGCAAUGGACCCGCUGGGCUUUUUCGAUCCGGCCGGGUUUAGCAAGAAGGGCGACGAGGACGGAUUCCGCACCUUGCGCGCUGCCGAGAUCAAGCAUGGCCGUGUUGCCAUGAUGGCGGCCUUGGGCGCUGUGGUUCAGCACUACGUCAAGUUCCCAGGCUUUGACUCUGUGCCCAGCGGCCUGGCAGCUUCCAUUACCGCGCCGGGCAGCUACGGCUUUGUGGCCCUCUUUGCGGUAUCUGGUAUCUUGGAGCUCGGUGCCUGGACCGAGAGCGCUGACAAAGAGCCGGGCAACUUCGGCGACCCCGCCGGCCUGAACCAGUACACCCAGGAGAUGAGAGAGCGGGAGAUUAACAACGGCAGAUUCGCGAUGUUCGCAGCCAUUGGUAUCAUUGCGGCUGAGUUGUACACAGGUAAGGAUGCCAUCGAGCAGUUCGGCCUCUGA